AUGGGAGGGGCAACGACUGCAUGCAUAGCCUGUUUCUCUUGUAUGAAGAUUUAUUUUGAGACGUCUCAAAAUGAGGGCGAGUAUGGGAGGGGCAACGACUGCACGCAUAGCCUCUCCUCUCCUCCUCCUUCCCCCCACCCCCUCGUCCCCCUCACUCCCGCUCUUGGACGAGGUAAAGAGCAUCUUGGCUCGCGCGACCAUGCAUCCCUCCCCGUGGGCAAGUAUGGGAGGGACGACGAGGCCAUGCUGAGGUGGUUCCUGCAUGCACCCAUCCUUUUCCUAUCCCCUCUCUUCCCCAAUUCACCAUCAGCUGGUAGACGAGGUGAAGAGCAUCUUGGCGCGCAACCAUGCGUCCCUCCCGGUGGGCGACUUGUGGACGAGGUGAAGAGCAUCUUGGCUCGCGACCAUGCGUCCCUGCCCGUGGGCGAGUAUGGGCGGGACGACGAGGCCAUGCUGAGGUGGUUCCUCAAGGAUCGCAAGUACAAGGUGGAACCCACGGUGGAGAAGCUUGUGAAGGCUAUUAAAUGGCGCCACGAGUUUGGAGUGGCGGGGCUGACAGCUGCUGACGUGGCAGAGGAGGGGGCCACGGGGAAGGCUUUCCUCCACGAGUACGCUGACGUGGACGGGCGGCCCGUGAUCGUUGUCGUGGCAGCGAAACACUUCCCCGACUCAUCCCGCCUGGUGUACAGCCAGCAGCUUUGCGCGUACCUCAUUGAAAGAGCCAUAGAGCGACUGCCGGAGGGGGAGGUGCAGUUCCGAGGGAUAUUCGACCUGAGAGGUUUCACUGCUAAGAACACCGACCUGGCUUUCGUGAAAUUCAUGAUUGACGUGUUCUUCAACUACUAUCCCAAGAGAUUGCACCAGGUGCUCUUUGUGGACGCGCCCUUCAUCUUCCAGCCGGGGUGGAAGGUCAUGAAGCCGCUGCUCAAGUCGUACGCCAACCUG